CUACGUUCGUCAUGCUGGUAAAGAUGGGGAAAAGCCGGCAUCUGCAGAUCAGUGGCUUCGGGAGACUGGCAUACACUCGCUUCAGCUGUUGUGCGACCUGUUCAGCAGUUUCUACAAGGAGGUUUCGUUUCUGUUACCGGCAUUGUUGGGGUUGUUGCUGGACUGCGCUACUCGACCGGAUCAAACAUUGGCAGCAAUUUCGAUGGGUGCUCUGGUGCGGCUUGCUGAAGUUGGUGGACACCAGUUCAACGACAAGGAUUGGAGCACUGUUCUGGACAGCAUUCGGGAUGCGUGUCAGAGCACCCAACCAGUGGAACUGAUGAAGCCGGAGAGCAUGGUGACGUUGGGGUCGGAUUUGGUUUCGGGACCGGGCAGGCUGUCAAUUGCGACCCCUCCAUCGAGCAUGCGAGGAGGUCACACCCCAGGCGGACAACCAGAGGCAGAGGCAGAGCAUUCGGUAGCUCACGAGAACGGUGCGGUUGAAGGAACGCCGAAGAGCGUGAGCAACGGGGACGCAUCGAAGAUGAACCGUCGGUUGAGCUUCGAUUCAGUGGCAGAGGAGCGGGUGGAAAGACUGAGCAUUGCGGAGUCCGAAGGUUUUGAAGCGCCAGGUUCGGUGGCUUGUCCGAGGGAGGCAAUGUGA